ACACAAAAACUGUCAAAUAAAAAAGUGAUGGUCGCAUACCGGUCAAAACUCAAAUAAGGAAUUUUUGUGCAAAAAUAAAUAUAAAAAUUCUUCUUGAUGCUAUUUUGCGGGCAUGUUAUUUAAAUUUUGCCAAAUAAAUCAAAUAAGAAUGUAUUCGUCGUCACGCAAAUUAAAUAGAGUCCUACCAUCGACGGUUAUUCGGAAGACAUUUCUGGAAUAUUUCACAGAAAAUCAUGAACAUAAAUUUGUGAGGUCAAGUCCGGUGAUUCCAUUAUGUGAUCCAACUGUGGCUUUUGUUAAUGCAGGAAUGAAUCAGUUCAAAUCAGUAUUCCUUGGAAAAACUGUACCACCAAGUAAACGAGUUGUAAAUUCACAAAAAUGCGUUCGUGUUGGCGGCAAGCACAACGAUUUGUCCGUUGUUGGACAGGAUGGCUAUCAUCAUACAUUUUUUGAAAUGUUAGGCAAUUGGUCAUUUGGUGAUUAUUUUAAGAAAGAAGCUUGUCAAAUGGCUUUAGAAUUGUUAAAAGGUCCCUAUGGCAUAGAUCAAUCAAGAUUGUACGUUACAUAUUUUGCAGGAGACAAGGCACUCGGCUUGCCAGCUGAUACAGAAUGCUUUGAAAUCUGGAGAAGUUUAGGAUUUCCAGCUGAAAGAAUUCUUCCGUUUGGAAGUAGAGAUAAUUUCUGGGAAAUGGGUUCGACUGGUCCCUGUGGUCCUUGUACCGAAAUUCAUAUUGAUCACAAACCAGAGCUUUCGGCAACAGAAGACCGAGCAAAGCUUGUUAAUGCGGGAAGGCCGGAUCUAACAGAAUUAUGGAAUAUUGUAUUUAUACAAUACAACAGGAGUGAGGAUGGUACUAUAGAGCAGCUGCCAGAGAAACAUGUCGACACGGGAAUGGGUUUUGAACGUUUAACAGCAAUUCUUCAAAAUAAGUCUUCCAACUAUGACACAGAUUUAUUUUCACCAAUAUUUGAAACAACUCAAAGGCUUUGCAAAGUACCAGGUUAUGGAGGAUUGUUUCCAACACCAACCGAAAAACAGUCCCUCGACACUGGAUACAGAAUAUUAGCCGAUCAUUCGAGAAUGAUAACAGCAUGUAUAGCCGAUGGCAUGUUGCCUGAUCAAAAUCAAAAACUGAGACGUGUCUUACGCAAAGCCAUAUUAACAUCAGAAAACAUUUUCAACAAUGCCAAUCUUCUGCCGCAGCUAAUACCAGUUGUGGUUGAUACUUUAGGUUCAGCAUAUCCCGAAAUGAAUGCUAAACUAAGUGAUGUUCUCGAAAUAAUCGCACACGAACAAGAUGUUUUUAAAACUGUUCGAAGCAGUUCAUCAAAGGCAUUCAACAAAGUCUUACAACAAUAUCCCAAACUACAAGAUGUUGACUUAAUGGAGUUUCCUGGAUUUGUACCUGCAUUUAAAGACCUACAAGCUCAAAAAUCAAUAUUUAAAGACGGUGUUAUUCCUGGAAAAUUUCUCUUCAAAUUAACAGAUACUUUUGGAUUGGCUGAAGAUUCAUUUAAAAUAUUAGCUCAACUAGAAGGAAUGCAAUUAGAUGAAGAAGGUUUUCGAGAGGAAGUUAUCAGAGCUAAAGAAAAGUCGAAAGGUUCUAAUUUUGAUAGUACAACUCAGCGGCAAAUUAAUGAAGCUUUAUCAAAGUUGACACUUUCAUGUGAAAACACAGAUAGUAGUUUUAGGUAUAACUACAAGUUUAAUACACAAAAACGGGUGUUUGAAGUGCCACCUGUAGAAACAGUUGUCCUUGGAAUUUUACAAAGCGAUUGUCAAGUCGAUUCAGUUAAUGCAGAUACUGAGAAUCAUAAAGAUCUCAUUAGUGUUGUCACGAGUAAGAGUAAUUUCUAUUAUGAAGCUGGAGGACAACCUUCUGACAAAGGUUACAUAGAAUUUGAUGGUGGGAAAUUUGUUGUUGAAAAUGUUAUACAAAUGAACGACUGUAUUGUGCACGUUGGAAGAUUUAAAGAACCCGGAGGGACUUUGAGUGUCGGCAGUAAAGUUGUUUUACAUGUCGAUUCUGACUAUCGUACAGCAAAUACUUGCCAUCAUACAGCUAUUCAUUUAUUAAACGGCGCUGUGCGCUCUUUGUUCAAAAAAGUCACAUAUCAAGUAACGAGUUCCGUUUCCGGUGAGAAUUGCAAGCUGGAAUUGGGAAUAAUAGGCAAGCGUAUGGGAAAAGAAGAAAUACAAGAAAUCGAACAUCUUAUAAGGAAUGUUAUCCAAUCAGCAAUUCCUUCGAAAAUUUCCCUAGUUAACGCAGCAGAUGUUAUUGGCCAGUCAAAUAUAACAUUAGUGCCUGGAGAAAUAUAUCCUGAAACUGGUUUGCGAUUGAUUACAAUUGAAAAUAAAAGUCUUUCCUUCCUAUCGAAUGAACUAUGCUGUGGAACACACGUUCUUAAUACAAGUGAUUUAGAAAACUUUGUUAUAACUAAUCUCAAACAGACAAACCGUGCAAGGUAUGCUUUCACGGCUGCAGCAGGAAAAUUAGCUAAUAACGCCACAAUUCGAGCUGAAGAAAUUAAAUCAAGAGUAGAUAGCUUAGAAAGAGAGUACAAAACCAACAGUGAUACAUUGUAUGCAACAGAAAUUGAAUUGCAAAAGAUACGAAAUAAUAUUCUUCAUAGUGACAUUGUGUUGCCAUAUGUUUUUCGAGUUGAUAUUCUCAAUCGAAUUAAUGAAAUUCUUAAGCAGCUGAAAAAGACAUCUCGAACUUCACUCAAAGUAUUUGUUGAAGAUGAAAUGAAAACUCUUCUGCAAGAGAAGCCAAUUGAAAAGUAUCCAUUCAUCAUACAUUAUCUAUCAAGUUCAGCUUUGCUGGAAGAAGUUCCUUUGCAGAAAGCUACACAACUUUGUAAUGAUCGUCCUAUACUUUUAGUUAGCAUGUGUGAUGGAGUUGUGAAGGCGAGAUGUUGUGUUCCAAAAGAAUUCGUAACAGAUAGUUUUAACGCACAAAAUUGGUUACAAUUGUUUGCUUCUGUCUUUGAAGCACAAUUAUCUACACCCAAAAGCCAAGACUCAAAUGAAGUAUGUAAUAUGAAAGGAAAGAAAGUCUCAUCGGAAUUUGAUGAUAAACUUGAAGUUGCCAUUAAUAAAUGCCGUGAAUAUGCUGCUAAUAAAUUAUCGUGAUAUUCUAGUCAUAUUUGUAAUAUAUUUUUUUUAUUUUCUAGUAUAAGUUACAAUUUAUUUAUCAAAAAAAAAAACCUUAAUUAGAUAUUUUUAUAUCUGUUUUUCUUACAAAAUUAUAAUUUUAAAUUAAAAAAAAAAAAUAAUUGUGUUGAAUAAAAUUCAAAUGCAUUUUUGAGCUAAAUAAAA